AUGAAAAAAUCGUACCUUUACAACUUCUUCCCGGUGAAGGAGGACGAGGAGAGGUAUGCGGCUGCUGCAGCCAGCUCAGCAUUCGGGCCACGACUCCAACGAAUGCUGGUCGAGAUCAGGGACGUGCACCCGCCACCCGAGAUCGACCCUCGGGACCCGUGGCCGAUCAAGAAAGCCUUAAACCACUACGAAAUAGCCUCGGGGAAAGUAAUCGUGUCGUUUAACGACACGUUCGAGCACAUUCUUCGCUACUGGAAUUUCGGGAUGGCCACAAACAUAACCGUGUGGGGGCGCAAAGUGGCAGUGCUCGUGUGGGACGUGACGAACGAGAAGAAGCCGAGGAGCUAUGACGGCAGUAAUGUGUACUUUCAGAUGACGCCAAGCGGGAACUGCCUGCUAACGUGCGGGGAGAUGAUGAACGCCCGGAAUAUGAAGGCCGAAGACAAGAUCGGGCUGUGCUGGGAGAACAAGAACUCGUGUUUUCAUAUUAAGCUGUUCCGUUGA